GUCUGGUUCCCACCUCUCACACACACUCAAAGCCGUCAUGAGGUCUCUGGUUGUUUUGGCAGUGAUAGGCGUGUGUUCGGCCGGCUAUCAGGCCUACAACCCCGGCUAUCAGGCCUACAACCCCGGCUUCGGCUACGGUGUCCAGCCCAAGUAUGUCGGCCCCGUGGCUGCCACCAUCCCCGCCGGCAUCGGCGGCAAGGUCAUCCCCGUCUCAGACACCUACGAAGUCGCUGCCGCUAAAGAUGACUUCUACAAGGCUUACGACAAGCAACUGAAAACUCUGGAUAUUAUCCGCUCCAGUCGUUAUGGCACCCCUGGCUACGCCCCCGCUCUCCCUGUCUACAAGGCCCCUGUGGCUCCCAUCUUCGCCUCCACCGGCUCCUACGGUGCCCCGGCUGUCGCCUACGGUGCUCCAGCUGUCGCCUACGGUACCCCCAUCGGCUCCUACGGCUACCACGGUCCCCCCACCCAGGUCCACGACACUCCCGAGGUGGUCGCCGCCAAGGCUGAGUUCUUCAAGCUCUACAACAAGCAGGCAGCAGCGGCAGCCGCGGCACCUGACCUCUACACCUACCACUAAGCCAACCAUUCCGAUCCACUACCACACUAGCCGAGUACCUAUAAUAAACUUGCAUCUCUAAA